GAGUCAGGAAGUACGCCAUCACGUCGUUGAAACCUUCAGCUGUCAGACUUUGGCCGAGUGCAGGUUUUGUUAGCAAACUAACGCGAACUGCACAGCUUUCUUUAAAGUUGUGCAUUCAUCUGCUCGUCGAUCUUUGAACGCUUAAGCUGCUGGUCGAAGUUUCGAGCUUGCACGAAGACGAAGCGCGUCGUUUUAAUCGCUGCCAGAUCUUGCACCACAAGCCAGCGAUCCUGAGCGGGUGUAAGGGUAGAUGUACGGAGGGAGGGAGGGAGUAGAAAAAAAGGCAAAAGUCUUUGUGCUUCCCUUCCCCCUCAUCAAAGCAAAGGGGAAAUGUCUCUGUCCAAAGGAGGGAAGAAGAAGAACCCUGGGCUGAAGCUGGCCAAAGAAGUGUUCACACCACCCCCACCAGCAGCAACAGCGCCCCCUCGAGAUCUUGACUCUAAAGCUUGUGUGACUAUUGGAGAGCAGAACUUUGUGGUGAAGGCAGAUGACUUGGAGCAGAUUGCCGAGCUGGGGAGGGGAGCGUAUGGAGUGGUGGACAAGAUGAAACAUGUGCCCAGUGGUGUUAUCAUGGCUGUCAAGAGGAUUCGUGCCACAGUCAACACUUUGGAACAGAAGAGGCUUCUGAUGGACCUGGACAUUUCCAUGAGGACCGUGGACUGCUUCUUCACUGUGACCUUCUAUGGCGCCCUCUUUCGUGAGGGUGAUGUUUGGAUCUGCAUGGAACUGAUGGACACGUCUUUGGAUAAGUUCUACAAGAAGGUUAUUGAGAAAGGCAAAACCAUUCCAGAGGACAUCUUGGGCAAGAUUACAGUAGCAAUUGUCAAGGCAUUAGAGCAUCUGCACAGUAACCUGUCAGUGAUACACAGAGAUGUGAAGCCCUCCAAUGUUCUGAUCAACACUCAGGGCCAAGUGAAAAUGUGCGACUUCGGCAUCAGUGGCCACCUAGUGGACUCGGUGGCCAAAACAAUGGAUGCAGGCUGCAAGCCCUACAUGGCGCCUGAGCGGAUCAACCCUGACCUCAACCAGAAAGGCUACAGUGUCAAGUCAGACAUAUGGAGUCUUGGUAUCACAAUGAUUGAGCUUGCCAUCCUGAAAUUCCCCUAUGACUCAUGGGGCACCCCGUUCCAGCAGCUCAAACAGGUGGUGGAUGAACCGUCUCCACAGCUGCCCGCUGACCGUUUCUCCCCAGAGUUUGUAGACUUCAUCUCCCAGUGCUUAAGAAAGAAGCCAAACGAAAGACCAGCGUAUACAGAAUUAAUGAAACAUCCAUUUUUCACCCUGCAUGACUCCAAAGAGACAGAUGUGGCCAGUUUUGUCAAGGUCAUCUUGGACGACUGACGAUCUCCCUCCGGGCUCCACCUCGUCAGGGUAGGCGGGACCUCUCAGCAAACGAACCAAUGGCCUACCUUUUUUUUUUAAAACUCACUGGAAUGACGGACUCUCAUACACCCACACACAAUAGGGGAGUGACCCAAAGACUGAUAACAGCCCAGCAGCACUGGAGUGGGAGAGCGGUGGUAAUAUGAACUUGUACGGUCAACUGGAGAGGUUUAAUUCACUCCUCCAAGCUUCCCGUGUGAGCAGUUAUCCAACACGACAAAUAUGAACUGAACCUAAUCUGUAGUUUUUGUCUUUUUUUUCUGUUUGUUUUUUUGCCCCAUAACCCCCCUUCUUAUCUCUCUCUUCAGAAUGGACAGAGCCAGCCAAUUAUUUGUUUGUGACAUAUUGUAUGCAUACUUUCAUCUGCAGAACCAACAGUUAAUGUGUAUGUUGUUGUGUAUUGAAAGUUAUAUUUGCAUAUCCGUUUGUAUGUUUUCUCAUUAUACAGAAUUUUGAUACUGUAUAUCGUCGACAAGUGUGAAUUUAACCGGACUAGGGCCUUAUUAGAAAGAUCACAUCAGGUUUGAGCUGUUCUGCCCCGAUGUGAUUGAUCAGCGCAGGGGAUGCAGUUGUCACAGGCUGGGGAGUGGGAGGCUCCGAGGCUGAAACAAAACAUAUUUAGAAAAUGACAAAGGUCACAUUCAGGAGGAGUUGCAAGUCAUUCCUAGAUCUCCGGGUGGCAUAAGGCAGAAAUGUAUGGCAACCCAUAUCAUCAGUGAUCCGCGGCAUAGCCCUCCGUGCAGUGACCCCUCCGUAUUCUUCUUAUUUCUUGGGUAUUAAAGAGCCAGCUCCAGUGCUGCCAUUGUUACUCCCUCUAAGUAUUCAGGGGUUGCCUCGUCAAGCUCACAGCUUUAUCUCCUUCUAUGUGCCAUUUUGCAAAUUGUUCUCAUGAAUUACUGCAUUAAUUGUGUUUUUUUUGACUUGUCCCGGCCUGCAUUUUUGAUUUUAUUUCGGCAACGUUUAAACUUUUUUUCCUCUUUCUCAUUCUUUUUAAAUCGACAGUCAGCAUAGUCAGCAUAAGAGGCACUUAUGUCGUUUUUUUGUUCUGUUUCAGAGACCUUAUUAUGCCUUACAGAGACCGUAUGUUAGGGUAAUAAUUUAUGUGUUUAAGAUGUAAAUAAUAUCUCCUUUUUUAAUGUAACAUGGCACUGUCCCAACCUGACCCAGUGUAGGUGAAUGGUAGAGAGGUUGGUAUUAGUUAGAUUUAAUGCAGUGUGACCUACACACACAAACACUUAGUACUCACAGGGCCAGCUGACUAUCGUACACCUAUAUUGGACUGAUGUGCUAUCAGGCUCCACUGCUCAGGUUUCUGUGCUCUCCAAUACAGUAUGCAGAGACGGCCCCAUUUUUAUUUUUUUCAUCAGGUCGUACUCUCAUUGAGUGCUGGACCAACAUCCUCUCUUCAGUCCGUGGCGGGCAGCCAUUAUCUCUUCUGUCAGACUAUACUAUGCAGAGCCCUUGGGACACAUAGCAAGAGGCCCUUGUCAUGUGGCAGUUUCCCCACUCCAAGUGUUCAGAGACUGUGAUGAUGAUAGUGGUGAUGAUAACGAUAGUGAUGAUGACUGCCGUGCCUCUGUUCAUGGCUAGCACUCAUUGCCUCUCUGGUUUACACUGUAGUGCUACCUUUAUCAAAAGUCAGUGAGUUAGGAGUAUUUAUGAUUGUGAAUUAUAAGGGAAAGCUAGCAACACCACAAAGAAGCUGCUGUUAUUUUAUUAUUUUUAGUUUUUAGGUUUUCUUUUUCCUUUUUUUUUUUUCAGUCGGCCUUCUUUGGAUGGCCAUUCCCUUGGUGUGUAAAAGUGAGUUUUUACGCUGAUCACAAUGAGAAUGGAACACUUGCUCUACCUCUUACUCCUUCACUCUAUUUGCCACCUUUUCACUGGGUGGGACUGACAAACUUGAACUAUGGAAAGACAAAAAAUAAAGGCUUUAUUGUUCAGUA